CAGUCAUUUCCAAGCGACAGGUGAACACACAUAAAUCUGGUAUAUCGGGCUAAUGCGGCGCUCAGAGACAAGAGGGGAUGCGGGAGAUGAUCAUUGGUCGGCUUGGAGAAAUGUCGGCCAGACCGGGAUUCUACCGGCAGGAGCUGAACAAGACUGUGUGGGAGGUUCCGGAGCGGUACCAGAACCUGACGCCGGUGGGCUCCGGAGCCUACGGCUCGGUGUGUUCAGCAUACGAUGUCGUCUUACGGCAGAAGGUUGCGGUGAAGAAGCUGUCCAGGCCUUUUCAGUCUCUGAUCCACAGCCGCCGCUCGUACCGGGAACUCAGACUGCUCAAGCACAUGAAACAUGAGAAUGUAAUAGGGCUUCUGGAUGUCUUCACACCUGCUGCAGCUUUAGAGGACUUCAAUGAACUCUACCUGGUGACUAACCUGAUGGGUGCAGACCUCAAUAACAUCGUCAAAUUUCAGAGGUUGUCAGACGAGCACGUGCAGUUCUUAAUUUACCAGCUUCUCCGUGGCCUCAAGUACAUCCAUUCAGCAGGAUUGAUCCACAGAGACCUCAAGCCAAGUAAUGUGGCAGUGAAUGAGGACUGUGAGCUGAGGAUCCUUGACUUUGGAUUGGCAAGGCAAACAGAUGAUGAGAUGACAGGGUACGUGGCAACUCGCUGGUAUAGAGCGCCAGAGAUCAUGCUGAACUGGAUGCACUACAAUCAGAAUGUUGAUAUUUGGUCAGUGGGAUGCAUUAUGGGGGAGCUGCUCAAGGGAAAAGUCCUUUUUCCUGGCACUGACUAUAUUGACCAGCUGAAGAGAAUCAUGGAGAUGGUUGGGACUCCAACGCCCGACCUCUUAAAGAAGAUCUGCUCUGAACAUGCACAGAAGUACAUCCAGUCUCUGCCUUUCAUGCCCCAGCAGGACCUGGAAAAGAUCUUUAGAGGGGCAAAUCCACUAGCUGUUGACCUGUUGAAGCGCAUGCUGGUUCUGGACUGUGAUGGGAGGAUCUCUGCCAGUGAGGCUUUGUCCCACCCCUACUUCUCACAGUACCACGACCCAGACGACGAGCCAGAGGCCCCGCCUUAUGAUCAAACACUGGAGAGUAAAGACCGAACUCUAGAAGAAUGGAAAGAGUUGGUAUUUGAAGAGGUGAACAGCUUCAAAGCACCUGCCAGCAAGACUGAUAGCCUUCAGGUGGAGCAGUAAGCAUCUUUCUGCUCUGCCUCGACCUUCACCUGGAGAAGGACCACAUACUCAUAGAGUGGGAGAAGGACUGUGGAAGGCCGAAUGAAGAAAACUCUGCAUCCCCUGGGCAUGGCACCUCUUCCCUCUGCUCAGUGUGACUGUGUUUGAUUGCCUGUCAUGAGUUUAUUUGAGCAGCAGGGCAGGACGGUCUCCACGGGAUCAGAUGCACACAUUACAAUUACAGGGAGCAUUUUAGAAUCAGAUACAAGGAUGUCUCCAGACCGGAAAGUUGCUUCCUCUUAUGUUUCCGCUCAGUGAGGCUAAAAUGAGGAACAGUUCAACGUGGCUACAACAGGGGUGAUUCAUAUGAGGGAGCAAUUUUACAGAACUGAACUGUGUUUACAGACUGAUAGAGGGCGAACAGGAGAGAGCAAAAAUGCACACUAGGAUUUCCAAAGCAACCACAGAAAGCCGUCUUGUCCCUCAUUGUGACAAAUUCCAUAAGCAGUCACUGCUAAGAUUUUCAAAUAUGGAAUUCAUGUUUAAAGGCUUGCAGCAAUGCCACAUCAUAUCACAGAACAGCUUAGCCUACAUACUACUGCAUGAUUUUUGUGUAUUUUAUUAUUACAGCAUAUUACUGGUACUGUAUUAUAACCAUUAAGACUGCUUAUUGCAUCUGCCACACACUGCUGUUAAGCCAGCCUGAGGGCCAGAGAGAGGCAUUACCAGGAAAUGUGACAGACCUUCAACCAGUUUUAUCUGUAGUUUCCACACAGAAAAAAAUAAAACAAAAGCAAACAAAAAAAGCACUGUUCUUCCUCGGAUGAAAACCAUCCUCUCCUGCUUACAGAAUAGUAAACACCAACUGUGCUAUUAAUUAGCAAGGUAAUUAAUAUAUGCCAAAGCUGGAACAGAGUGACUGCACUGCAGGUCUGUGUUUACAGUGUGAUCUCGCUUCUCAUAUACAGUUUCUGCUGAUGGCUGGGUUCUGAUCACCUGUUGGCUUUGGGCGCCACUCCAUCAGGUUUCUGUAGUUCUCUGCUGUGUCUUUUACAGGCAGGUUUGUGUUUACAGUAACUUAGAUGGUGGGCAUUUGGUAAACUGUUAGAAACAGUUUCCAGAAGGUGAGUGCUGGAUAAGAAUAUGUUAUACAGGCUGAUGUUUCCCAUAAAGCCGACAUGUUUGGCUGCUUGUGGCAACCAGGGAGCUGGGUGAUCUUUUAAGUUUUUUCAGCAUCUUUUGUAUGUUAAAAAAUUCAGAUCAUCUGUGACCACAGCUUAAAAGCAUAGGGGAUGUUCUUUAUCACGGUUGCGGGUAUUUCAAUGACGUUGCAGUUUGUUGCCACAUUGUUAUACCCGUAAUUAUAUUAAGAAACAUCCUCUCAGGUGCCACUUGUAAAAUCUAGAAAAGGCAGCAUUAGCUCAGUGAAUAUGCUGAUUAUUGCAACAAACGCCUGACUUCCUCACUGACAUUGUGUCAUUCCGUUUGCAGCACACUUGAGUUUUAGUUCUACAAAAAAUAAUUGCUGAGGUAGAAAUAGUCUGGUUGUGUUAAACCACAGUACACAAGGCCAGUGAACCACGGGAUUUUGAGCUCAAUACUGGAGUGAAAAAGUCAAAGGUUAAAAUGGAUAAAGAUAAUGAAAGGUCAGCACUUUUGACUAAAUAGAUAUAGUACAGUUUGGUAACAGGCAUCUUGGGUGGCCAGAUACAGUAACUAUCUGAUAAUGUUUAAUGGAAUAUAAAUCAAUUUAUGUUCACACACCUGAGAAACUGUUAGAAGGAUGUUAAUUCAGCUGCUCAAACCAUUUCCAGUAGUGGUUUGAAAUGGUUUGAAUCUCCCCAAGUUACACGCAUGUGAAGUUAAAUGCAGCUCCUGUUAAGUGCAACACAGAAAUAGUACUAGUAUAACUACUGCUAUGAAUCAACUUCAGAUAUAAUUAUGCUCAUAUCUUGCACUUAAUAGCUAUACUAUCUGGAUACAAGUUGGAUACCAAUAGCAGGUGUAAAGGAGAUACAUGUUUCCUAGGUCAGUUAGUUUGCCUAGCUGACCUGGUAGCACUUUAGGUUAGCUAAAGAGCUACAAGCUAGCUUUGAUUUUAACCUAGCAAGGUUAAACCCUAAAUAUGUUUAAAUCUGUUGUAUUUUAAUGUAUACUUUGGUGUGUUUCUUUAUUGUCAUGCCAGGAAAAUGGUGGUGCUUUGGCUCCACCCUCUCAAGUUUAAAUCAACUGAUGAGAUGAUUUCUGCCUCAAAGAAAUAUUUUUUCGACUAAAACAGCAAUUUACCAUUUAGGUAUCAUUUUGAGGAACAAUUUUUUUCUCCAUAUUGGUUCACACUGGAGUGCUACAUGUAGCCUUUUGUGCAACUCGUCCAAAUAGGAUGCAAAAUGUUGAAUUUACAGUCCAAAUGAAUCUAAACUGUUUGUCUCAGUCGAAGUGUGUUCGAGCUCUGUCAGUUUCUGAAUGUUGAAGUGUUACUGUGUGCUUAUGUGGAUGUUGUACAUGUGGUGGAUUUGUAUAGCAACUUCAAACCGAAUGUAUAGGUAUACUGUAUGUACGUAUGUUACAAGUAAGCAAUGUCUUUUGAAUACAUGGUGGCAUGUGAUUCAACAGUAGCCAUGAGUUUCACAUCUCUAAACUGAAUGUCAACUCUUGAUUUUCAAAUGAUUCUUUUCUCAUUCAUCGUCAACGGGUAACAUGACUUGUCUUGGCUUCACAGAAUAAACAUAAUUUCUGUUU